ACCUACAGAGCUCGACCUCGCUGCUCACAGCAUAAACGACCUCUCCCCAACAGGUUCGGCAUACACCACCAGUUUCUAUCACAAUGCACGCCCGCGACGCCGCAGGCCGCAAGGUCUCUCUCCUCAACGACGACACCAGCAGCUGGGCCGAGAAGCCGACUUACUACCACCAGACGAGCUUCCCCUACUCCAGCCGGCCCUCGGUGCGUCCUCUGCCGCCUCGCAGCGACUCUUCCUCGCCAAACACCCCCGAGCUCCUGCGCUCGGAUUCCUACGACUCUCAGCUCAGCGACGCCAUUUCACCCAUGACGCCGUCUGUGGACUUCAGCUACAUGCGAGCCCCGGCCUUUGCCUUUGGGCACGAAUACACCGCCGAGGGCCCUCCCGCUAAGCGCCCUGCCUAUGGAGACUGCAGUCCCUCAGCCUCUUGCGAAGAAGACAGCUCCGCUGCGUCCUCAGUCUCCGAGCGCCCCGUCAAGCGCUAUCCUUGCCGCUACCGCGAGAGCCAUGGAUGCGAAAAGACCUUCACCACCUCGGGCCAUGCCUCGCGCCACUCCAAAAUCCACACGGCGGAAAAGGCCGUCCAGUGCACAUUCCCCGGCUGCCACAAGAAGUUCACCAGAGCCGACAACAUGAAGCAGCACCUGGAAACCCACUACAAGGACAAGACGCGCAGCUCCGGCAGCCAGCGCUCCAGCAAGGCCUCUCUGGCUUCUGACGCCCGGCGCAGCUCGACCUCGUCCAGCCGCAGCCGCUCUUCCACCACGGGCCCCGAUUCCUUUGUCUUUUGGGACUCCAGCGAGCUUCACCACAAGCAGAACCCCUUGCCGACGUCCCCGCUCCCGCAGCCGACCGGCAGUGCGGGCGCCUGGGAUAUGCGCGGUUUCGAGCUCCCAUUGCUCAACCGUCCUUCCGCAGUCGGUGGCGUGCCCAGCGGUCUCGACGCCCUGGCCAUGGCCAUUGCCUGUCAAGAAGGCGGCAUGGUAUGAGGAGAGAGUGACUGGCUUUUUGCCGAGUAUUACUUCCUUGCUGCCUCUCUUCUUUCUCUCUCUGCCUAUUACUACUGUUAUUACCCCUCCGCCACUUUCACAAAUUCCUCGGCAAAUCCACCCGCGCACCGCAGUGCACAGCACAGCUAGGGUUUCUGCGGUUACAUCUUGAUGGAUACCAGAAAAUUCAAAAUUCAAAAAACGAAGAAAAAAUAUUUUAACCGAAAGAGACCACAGAGAGAGUAAUUUUUAAUGUUCCGCACACCCAUUACAACAUAAAACAAGGAUAGCGACAACAAAAGACUUCAGUUCCACCUUGUCGAUUUGCAUUACGAAUCUUUCGGUCGGGAGAUGUACACACCACACUCGGUGGAUGUUACAUGGCGUUUGGAUGCGAUCUGCUCUCGAGCAUUUCCAUUAUUAUCAUGAUUUUCCUUUUUCCAGUUUCUUUUUCUUUAUACCUUUUCCCCCUCGCCAGCUCAAAGUAAGUCUCCUGAGAGGAGACUUUUUUGCGUGGCCUGGCAGCGUGGGAGGUACAUAUAUCAUUACACGAAAGGUCGCAAGAUACAUGAAUGGCGCCUUGGUUGAUUUGUUUUCCAAUGUUUCUCUUCUUCUCUUUACCCUCUCAUCAUUACGGGAGUCUUCUUCUCUUCUUUUUUAUAUGUCUUUUUAAACCUGUUGCUUCAAUUUCUCCUGGUCAGGGCUCUUGUUUUUAUGCGCGCUCUGAUAUCCCACGCUUUAUGUACACAAACUCCGCCAUCUUCCCGGAUGUCGAGAGGUGACGAGGGAGGCUUCAUCAUUUCUAUCAUGGCGUUUUGGUGGCUCCAAUGGACAAGAGAGUAUUGGUGUGCUUUACACUUAGAUGUGAUGCAUGUAUGAGAGGAUUCAAAAAGGAGAUGAGUGUUAAUGGCUGUAUAUACGAUUGGUAGUUCGCUUUUUGGGCCUGGGACGGGAUUGGGAUUCAAUUGAUACCACUUUGUUGACUUUAGUAAUCGACUUUACGAUUUUCUUGAGCAUACUUGUCCAGAGUAAUAAAGCGUGAUCGAUGCUUGCUAUAACAACAGCUUGGGGAUUCACAUGGAACAUGAAGAAUUACUUGAGCACUACUGAUCCUCUUCCCCUUUGUUAAUGUGACUACAGCAAACUUUGCAUUGUCCAUAACCUAAAACCAUGGCGGCAGAAGAGGAUUGCGCCAUAAAACACUCAAUCAUAGGGUAGCCUCAAGCUGAUGUUGGUCGUGCAAUUCAUACACGUUACACGGGACUCUAUAGAUGGUAAUGUUACUUUUGUUUUUUUAUGUUUUUUUUCUUUUCUUUUCUUUUCUUUUCUUAGUUUAUGUAAAUCUUACAGCAAUGAACGUUACAUGAGACACUGUCGUAGCUUUAAUUUAGCUUCACUGUUCCUCCUUAGUUUGUCUCACUCGUUACGAGUUUUGCAUGAGACAUUGGGGAAUUUAUAUCACAAGUCAAUUUUUUUUUACUGCCCUUUGUCCAUUCCUCGUGAACCCUACACGUCAUUCAAGUCAUUAUUUAACAAUAUUGCAAAAAUUCGGAUUUAUAGGGAACAUUGUCUUGGACAAUAUAGGCAUAUGAAGCAUCGUCGGUGUCGCCUCUCCUCGGAGUUUACCAAUGAUGACGGC